AUGUCGCACGCCGAAUCCGGGGAGGGCCGCGGCGCCGCCGCUCCCGCGCAGGCGCAGAUCGCGGAGGAGAUUGCCGAGAUCAAGCGCUACGAGGACUUCACCACCAUCGACUGGGUGCAGGACGCCGCCCGCGAGCAGGCGAGGCGCGAGGCUAAGCAGCGGCGCGCGGCCGGCCGGCACACCCGAGGGCUGGCGAGCUGGCGCCAUCGCCUGUCGCAGUCGUAUGAUGCUGCGCAGGGAUGGAUUGUCGUCACCAUCAUCGGCGCGGCGAUCGGCCUCAACGCGGCCUUCUUGAACAUCGUCACCGAGUGGCUGGCCGAUAUCAAGCUCGGCUACUGCACUACCGCGUUCUAUCUCAACGAAAACUUUUGCUGCUGGGGCGAGGACAAUGGCUGUCCCCAAUGGCACAGAUGGACUGGCUUCGCACCUCUCAAUUAUUUCCUAUACAUGGCUUUCGGAACCGUAUUUGCCUUCGUUUCCGCCGCCCUCGUCCGAUCGUUCGCGCCGUAUGCCGCGGGCUCAGGCAUCUCCGAAAUCAAAUGCAUCAUCGCAGGCUUUGUCAUGAAAGGCUUCCUGGGCUUCCGGACACUCGUCAUCAAAUCCAUAUGUCUACCCCUCGCCAUCGCGUCAGGGCUGUCCGUCGGAAAAGAAGGUCCCAGCGUACACUACGCAGUCUGCACUGGCAACGUCAUCUCGCGACUCUUCCACAAAUACCGCAACAACGCCUCCAAGACGCGAGAAAUUCUCAGCGCCUGUGCCGCCGCCGGAGUGGCUGUCGCCUUUGGCAGUCCCAUUGGUGGCGUGCUGUUCUCGCUCGAGGAAAUGUCGAGCUACUUUCCCCUCAAGACCAUGUGGCGUAGCUACUUUUGCGCCCUGGUUGCCACGGCUGUUCUCUCUGCGAUGAAUCCCUUUCGGACUGGACAGCUUGUCAUGUUCCAGGUCCAAUACGACCGCGACUGGCAUUUCUUCGAAAUAUUCUUCUACAUCAUCAUCGGCAUUUUCGGCGGUCUCUAUGGCGCGUUUGUUAUCAAGUGGAAUUUGCGCGCGCAAGCUUUUCGCAAAAAGUAUCUCGGCAACUAUGCAAUUCUCGAAGCUACUUUGCUCGCUGCUGGAACUGCUCUCAUUGCGUACCCCAACGUGUUCCUGCGCAUUGACAUGACGGAGAGUAUGGAAAUUCUCUUCCUCGAGUGCGAAGGCGGCGAGGAUUACCAAGGAUUGUGUGACGCCGACAAGCGCCUCUGGAAUAUCAUGUCGCUCAUCAUUGCCACUGUCUUGCGAGUCUUCCUCGUCAUCAUCUCAUACGGCUGCAAAGUGCCUGCCGGCAUCUUUGUGCCUUCUAUGGCUAUCGGCGCGUCCUUUGGACGAACCGUCGGCAUCAUCGUCCAGGCGAUUCACGAAGCAAACCCGACCAGCGUAUUCUUCUCGGCCUGCAAGCCGGACGAGCCUUGCAUCACGCCUGGCACAUAUGCGUUCCUCGGCGCCGCUGCUGCUUUGAGUGGCAUCAUGCACAUCACCAUCACCGUUGUCGUCAUCAUGUUUGAGCUAACGGGCGCCCUGACCUAUAUCCUGCCGACCAUGAUCGUCGUUGGCGUCACGAAAGCCGUGAGCGAGCUGUUCGGCAAAGGCGGCAUCGCUGAUCGCAUGAUUUGGUUCAACGGGUUUCCGUUCUUGGAUCACAAAGAGGACCAUAAUUUCGGCGUGCCAGUUUCGCGGGUCAUGCGUUCUCCCGUAGUUUCGCUCCCUGUAAGCGGCCUGACGCUGGGCGAGGUCGAACAGCUCCUGGUCGACGACAAGUAUCAGGGAUUCCCGAUUGUCACGGACAGCAACAGCAAGACUCUUGUCGGUUACAUUGGGUGUACGGAGCUGCGGUAUGCGGUCAAUCGCAUCCGACGCGAGCGGCCUAUGAGUCCGUCCGCGCGAUGUUUGUUCACGCCACCGCCUCCAGCCACGUCGCCGACGUCGAUUUCUGCCACUGUCACCGUCAACGUGGAGUCGAUGUCGUCAGCGUCUCUCGACCUUGGCCGCUACGUCGAUGCUACCCCAGUUACGGUUCACCCGCGGCUGCCGCUCGAAACGGUCAUGGAGCUGUUCCGCAAGAUCGGUCCCCGUGUGAUCCUGAUCGAGUACCACGGCAAGCUGACUGGUUUAGUUACCGUCAAGGACUGCCUCAGGUAUCAGUUCAAGGUCGAGGCGGAGGAGAACCCGAAGGAUGACCAGCAUAUUAUUGAGGGACAGGAGCAGUUGUGGGGGGCUAUUCGUCGCGCAAGUAAUUGGGUAUCAGAUCGCAUUUGGACCGUUUCCGGCGGCAGGAUUCGCCUGAGUGGGCAGUUUGACGAGGAGAGAUCAAGGAACCGAGGUGGUGGUAUAUUAGAUGGCGAUGAGGAUGUUGGCGAGGAGGGGGUAGAACUAGAAAGGCGUCAAUUGUAA